UUGACCGAAUUCAGCCCGCAGUAUGGCGGUAGUGAAGAUGUGAUCGCAUUUUGGUGCUAGUUAGUGAGUUAUGGAGAUGUUUUCGUUGAUUGCGGUUGGAGAGAACGGAAUCGAGGGAUUGGAUUGGGAGAAGGAGUUUUGGAUCCAAUCAGGGGUGAGAGAGCGCCGCUAGAAUGGCGCUGUUCAGAAGGUUCUUCUACCGGAAGCCGCCGGAUCAACUUCUGGAAAUCACUGAGAGGGUGUAUGUGUUUGAUUGCUGCUUCUCCACUCAUGUGCCUGACGAGGGUGAGUACAGGACAUACAUGAAUAGGAUUGUAGCUCAGCUGCAUAAUUACUUCCCUAAUGGAACUUUCAUGGUUUUGAAUUUCAAAGACGGGGAUGGUAGGAGCCUAUUUUCUGAUCUGUUAGCUCAAAAUGGUAUGACGGUCAUGGAUUACCCUCAGCAGUAUGAAAGGUGUCCACUGUUACCUAUGGAGAUGAUCAACCACUUCUUGCGAUCGAGUGAGAACUGGUUGACGGUUGAGGGCCAGCAUAAUAUUCUUUUAUUGCUUUGUGAAAGGGGAGGAUGGCCUCUGCUUGCAUUUAUGCUAGCUGGCCUUCUUCUUUACAGGAAACAAUAUACUGGUGAGGAGAAGACACUUGAGAUGGUAUACAAACAAGCGCCCAAGGACCUUCUUUCCCUUUUGACUCCUUUGAAUCCACAACCGUCUCAACUCAGGUAUCUUCAAUACAUCAGUAGAAGAAAUUCUAUGUUGGAUUGGGUAACAUCGGAUGCACCUCUGGCCGUGGAUUGCAUAAUACUCCAAGCCCUUCCUCGAUAUGACCAAGGACAAGGAUGUCGACCAGUAGUACGAGUAUAUGGUCAUGAAUUUUCUUCCAGAUUGUCCAGUAUAAGCACAAAGCUUUUGUUUUCAUCUUCUAAAGUGACUAAAGAUAUACCUUACUAUCAAAAGGAAGAGUGUGAUCUAGUAACAAUAGAUAUCCAUUGCCGUGUUCAAGGAGAUGUUGUCCUUGAAUGCAUCCAUUUGGAGGAUGAUCUAGUGAGUGAGAAAAUUAUUUUUAGAACCAUGUUCCAUACUGAAUUUGUACGGGAAAAUAUUUUGAUGCUGACCCACAGCGAAGUAGAUGUUCUUUGGGAUGUAAAGGACCUUAUCUCGAGGGAAUUCAAAGCAGAGGUUCACUUCUCAGAUGAAUCUUCUCUCCUGCCCAUCAUCACCACAGAAGUUGUGAACAAAGAUGACGAAGACAGUGAAACAGAAGUUGCCACUCCUGAGGAAUUCUUUGAGGCAGAGGAGAUCUUUAGUAGUUUCAUUGAUGCGCAGGAUGACAUGGUGGCAUCUGAUGACUAUCCAAUUGAAGUUAGUGCCCAGGUUGAUGUAGCUCAAGUUGAUAAAACUCUGGUUGAUGAAGGUCGUCACGACAUUCCCUUGGAGGAUGAACUGGAACAACAAGUGCUUCAAGAAUGUACUACAGAUGAGACCAGUAUUCGUGGCAGCACGGUGGAAGAACAAGUGUUUCAAGAAUGUACUAUAGAUGAGACCAGUAGUAUUCGUGACAGCACGGUGGAUCCUGUUAGCAACUCAUUGCAUAAUGGGGAAGUCCAACCAGAGGCGUAUGUAUUUUCUGAGGUAGCCACCGACCCUGAAACCUUAUAUAAGGAUGAUGGUGCGAGCAGCAAGUUUGAAGAAGAUGGCAACAAACAAAGUGAAAAGGAGGGUUCAAAACAGAAGUUAGGUGGUGAUAAUGAUGAGCACAAGCUGGGUCUUCACGACAUUGUUGAUGAAACCAAAGUUGAUAAAACUCUGGUUGAUGAAGGUCGUCACGACAUUCCCUUGGAGGAUGAACCGGAACAACAAGUGCUUCAAGAAUGUACAAUAGAUGAGACCAGUAGUAUUUGUGGCAGCACGGUGGAACAACAAGUGUUUCAAGAAUGUACUAUAGAUGAGACCAGUAGUAUUCGUGGCAGCAUGGUGGAUCCUAUUAGCAACUCAUUGCAUAAUGGGGAAGUCCAACCAGAGGCGUAUGUAUUUUCUGAGGUAGCCACCGACUCUGAAACCUUAUGUAAGGAUGAUGGUACGAGCAGCAAGUUUGAAGAAGAUGGCAACAAACAAAGUGAAAAGGAGGGUUCAAAACAGAAGUUAGGUGGUGAUAAUGAUGAGCACAAGGGUCUUCACGACAUUGUUGAUGAAACCAAAGUUGAUAAAACUCUGGUUGAUGAAGGUUGUCACAACAUUCCCUUGGAGGAUGAACCAGAACAACAAGUGCUUCAAGAAUGUACUAUAGAUGAGACCAGUAGUAUUCGUGGCAGCACGGUGGAACAACAAGUGUUUCUAGAAUGCACUAUAGAUGAGACCAGUAGUAUUUGUGGCAGCACGGUGGAUCCUAUUAGCAACUCAUUGCAUAAUGGGGAAGUCCAACCAGAGGCGUAUGUAUUUUCUGAGGUAGCCACCGAUGCUGAAACCUUAUAUAAGGAUGAUGGUACAAGCAGCAAGUUUGAAGAAGAUGGCAACAAACAAAGUGAAAAGGAGGGUUCAAAACAGAAGUUAGGUGGUGAUAAUGAUGAGCACAAGCUGGGUCUUCAAGACAUUGUUGAUGAUGACAUUGUUAAUGAAACCCAAGUUGAUAAAACUCUGGUUGAUGAAGGUCGUCACGGCAUUCCCAUGGAGGAUGAACCGGAACAACAGGUGUUUCAAGAAUGUACUAUACAUGAGACCAGUAGUAUUCGUUGCAGCACGCUGGAUCCUAUUAGCAACUCAUUGCAUAAUGGGGAAGUCCAACCAGAUGCGUAUGUAUUUUCUGAGGUAGCCACCGACGCUGAAACCUUAUAUAAGGCUGAUGGUACGAGCAACAAGUUUGAAGAAGAUGGCAACAAACAAAGUGAAAAGGAGGGUGCAAAACUGAAGUUAGGUGAUGAUAAUAAUGAGCACAAGGGUUUUUCAAUAGCCCAUAUGAAACAGCCUGUGUACAGAUCAAGAUCCGAUCUAGAUGCAGUUUUUACAAGUAAGAAAAAUAAGGAGCAAGAUUCACCAGAUGUUGUAGCGAGGUGGAUACCUUCUAACAAAGGUUCUUACACGAAUUCAAUGCACAUACAUUAUCCUUGGUCGAGACAUAACAGUGCUCCAGCAUUAUUGGUUCUCGGCAAGGAUUCUGUGUAUAGGGUGAAAAGAAAGCCCCAAUCUGCUCCUGCAUCCCACUGUACUUCUCCAUGGUUUCCGGACUCAUCAGCAGUCGAAGCAGCUGCUGCCCCAACUUCUCCAUCUAAAUCGAAAGUCAUAAAGCCUUGUGAACUUAGUCUAGUGGAGAUACGUACCAAAAACACUUCUCCAUCUCCCAUCUCUCCUCCUCCAUCAGAAGCACCUCCUCCUUCAGAAUCAUUAUCAGAAAUACAUGCUUUACUUCCCACAUCAAUUCCUUGUGAAGAAGAACUGAGCUUGUCACUUCCGCCUCCACCACCACCUAUUGCUAUGCAGCUUCCGCCUCGACCUAGGAAGCUUCCACCUCCGGCUCAGCCCACUCCUACUCCCACUGUAACGCCUCUGCCUCCAUCUCAGCCCAUGAGCACUCCUACGCCUGUGUUUCCGCCUCUGCCUCUGUAUCAGCCCACUACCACUUCUACGCCUGUGCAUCCCCCUCCCCCUACAUCUCAGCCUACAACCAUUCUUACGCCUGUGCAUCUGCCUCCGCCUCUACCUCCACCUCCAUCUCAGCCCACAACCUCUCCUCCGCCUCCGCCUUCGCCUCCAUCUCCAUAUACACUUGUGCCUCCUCCUCCGCCUCCAUCUCCAGCCACACCUGCUCUAUCUCAGUUCACAACCACUCCUACAGAUGUGUCUCCGCUUUCUACUCCAACUUCAUCUGAGCCCACCACUCCUUCGCCAGUGCCUUCACCAUCAUCUCAGUCCACGACCACUCCUACGGAUGUGUCUCCGCUUUCUACUCCAACUUCAUCUGCGCCCACCGCUCCUUUGCCUGUGCCUUCACCACCAUCUCAGCCCACGACCACUCCUACGGAUGUGCCUUCGCCUCCGUCUCCAUCUCAGCCGACCCCCACUCCCACAACUCCAUCUCACCCGACAUCCAUUCCCAUGCCUCCAUCUCUGCCUCCAUCUCAUCCCAUGACUACAACUAUGCCUACACCUCCGCCUCCAUCUCAGCCAAUGCCCAUUCCCACGCCUCCGCCUAUGCCUCCACCUCACCUUCUGCCUCAGCUGGCCUCCGCUCCCAUGUCUCCACCUCAGUCUCCAUCUCAGGUCACAUCCAUUCCCAUGCCUCCACCUCCACCUCCAUCUCAGCCAAUGUCUAUUCCCACGCCUCCGCCUCAUCCUAUGCAUAUGCCUCCACCUCACCCUCCACCUCCACCUAGGUCUCUAUCUCAGGCCAAAUCCAUUCCCACGCCUUCACCUCCGCCUCCACCUCCAACUCCACCCUUUCCAUCUACUCAUACUACUACUUAUUCACCGGCAGCCCCACCUGCACUGGCAUCGUCUCCAUCUCUCCAGGAUUCGACUCCCCCAUCAUUGUCUGUAGAUUCUAGCUUAGCCAUAAAUUUGCAAGGAAACCAAAAUCAUCCUCCAGUACCAAUACCUCCUAUCUCAUCGAUCAUGGAGAAUACUAGUACCAUCACCCCACCACCUCCACCUCCACCUCCACCACCAAUUUGGUGUAAAAUGGUUUUAGUGUUAUCAAACUCUUCAACUUCAGGUCCAUUCCCAUAUACUUUUCACGCUGCUUAUCCAUCACUACCUCCUAAUCAGGGAGUUUAUUAUCUUCCACAGUCUCUACCUCAAAUGACUAGUGCUCCACAACCAACACCAAUACCUCCUGGUUUUCCAGGAUUUUCACAACCCCUUGCGUUGUUUGGAGCACCUACUCAACCUUUUCCAUCUCUUGCGACUGGUGUUACACUAACUCAACCUUCACCCCCACCUUCUGCUUCAGGAACAUUACCUCCCCCAACAUCCUGGGCUUCCACCCCCUCUCAACCUAAUAGAGGAGCCCCCCGCCCCCCUCCCCCUCCCCCUCCCCCUUUUGGUGGAGCACCUCCACCACCCCCUCUGCCUAGAAGAGGUGGACCACCUCCACCACACGCUUUGGCUAGAGGAGCCCCACGUCCACUACCCCCUCCUCGAGGUGCACCUGGCCCACCACCGCCACCAGGUCCACCGGGAGGAGGAGGUCCACCACCACCACCACCAGGUCCACAAAGAGGUCCACCACCCCCACCUGGAGUAGGUAGAGGGAUUGGUGCUUUAAGGGGGCAGGCACGCCUUGCAGUAAAAAAAUCUAAAUUAAAGCCGCUUCACUGGAGCAAGGUGAGCCGGGCGCUAAAAGGAAGCUUGUGGGAAGAAUUGCAGAAACAAGGAGCCCCUCAAGUUGCACCAGAAUUUGAUGCGUCAGAAAUUGAGAGUCUUUUCUGUGCAACAGCCCCGGGAAAAGACAAAGGCAAAGAUGGAGCCAAGAACGCUGCUGCAGCUAAGCCUACCAAAAUCCAGCUGAUUGACCUAAAGAGGGCCUAUAACGUUGAAAUCAUGCUUACAAAAGUGAAAAUGUCACUUCCUGACCUAAUGACCGCGGUACUUUCACUGGAUAACACAGUUCUGGAUGCUGAUCAAGUGGAAAGUCUUAUUAAGUUUUGUCCAAAAAAAGAGGAGAUGGAGCUUCUCAAGACAUACACAGGUGAUCCAGAGAUGUUGGGAAAGUGUGAACAGUUUUUCCUAGAACUGAUGAAGGCACCACGGAUGGAAACUAAAUUGAAGACUUUCCUUUUCAAGAUUCAAUUUAACUCUCAGCUUUCUGAUUUCAAAGAAAGCUUGGUUAUCGUAAACUCCGCCUGUGAAGAGGUCCGGAACUCCGAUAAACUAAAAGAAAUUUUACAGAAAAUAUUAGUUCUUGGAAAUACAUUGAAUGAGGGAACUGCAAGAGGUGCCGCCGUCGGAUACAAACUGGAUAGUCUUUUGAAACUGACGGAUACACGUUCAACCACUAGCAAAAUGACACUUAUGCAUUUUCUUUGUAAGUCCCUUGCUGCUAAGAAUCCAGAUCUUCUAGACUUUUACAAUGAUCUUCCUAACCUGGAGGCUUCCACCAAGAUUCAACUAAAGUCGUUGGCAGAUGAAAUGACAUCUAUCUCCAAGGGUUUAGAGAAGGUGAAGCAGGAAUUGGAUGCUUCGGAACAUGAUGGUCCUAUCUCCGAAGUUUUUCACAGGACUCUGAAGGAAUUUAUUGGUUCUGCUGAGAGUGAAGUGACCAAUGUAAUGAACACAUAUGCUGUUGCGGGUAAAAAUGCUGAAGCAGUGGCUAUGUACUUUGGCGAAGAUCCUAACCGAAUCCCUCUCGAACAAGUCACUACAACCCUCUUGAACUUCGUGAAGCUAUUCCAGACAGCCUGCGAAGAAAACAUCCAGCAGGCCGAAGCUGAAAGGAAGAAAGCUCAAAAGAAGAUUGAUCUUAAGAGGGCCUAUAAUGUUGAAAUCAUGCUAUCAAAAGUGAAAAUGUCAAUUCCUGAUAUGAUGGCCGCUGUACUUUCACUGGAUGAUACAGAUCUGGAUGCUGAUCAAGUAGAAAAUCUUAUAAAGUUUUGUCCAAAUGAGGAGGAUGUGAAGCUUCUCAAGGCAUACGCAGGUGAUCUAGAGAUGUUGGGAAAGAGUAAACAGUUUUUCCUAGAACUGAUGAAGGUACCACGAGUGGAAGCUAAAUUUCGCGUUUUCGUUUUCAAGAUUCAAUUCAACUCUCAGCUUUCUAAUAUCAGAAAAAACUUGGUUGUUGUAAACUCGGCAUGUGAAGAGAUUCGCAACUCCAGCAAACUAAGAGAAAUUUUGCAGAAAAUAUUAAUUCUUGGAAAUACAUUGAAUGAGGGAACUGCAAGAGGUGCCGCCGUCGGAUUCAAACUGGAUAGUCUUUUGAAACUGGCCGAUACGCGUUCAACCACUAGCUGGAUGACACUUAUGCAUUAUCUUUGUAAGGCCCUUGCCGCUAAGAAUCCGGACCUUCUAGACUUUUACAAGGAUCUUCCUAAUCUAGAAGCUUCCACCAAGAUUGAACAAAAGCCGUCGGCGGAAGAAAUGAAAUCCAUCUCCAAGGGUUUAGAGGAGGUGGAGAAGGAAUUGGAUGCUUCGGAAGAUGAUGGUCCUAUCUCCGAAGUUUUUCACUAGACGUUGAAGGAAUUUGUUGCUUCUGCUAAGAGUGAAGUGGCCGAUGUAAAGAAGACAUUUGAUGACGCAGGUAUUAAUAUGGAUGCAAUGACUAUGUACUUCGGUGAAGAUCCUAAGCGAAUCUCCCUCGAACAAGUCACUACAACCCUCUCGAACUUUGUGAAGCAAUUCCAGAAAGCCUGCGAAGAAAACAUACAGCAGGCCGAAGUUGAAAGGAAGAAGGCUCAGAAGAAGGUUUAG